AUGAAAUUCCCAUUUCUGUUCAAAUCGCCGGGCACCGCCGCCGCGUGGCCGUGGCCGGCCUGCACCAACGACCCCAAAACCCUCUCCUUCCGCACGAGCCCCGCCGCCGGCGACGUCCUCAAGACCAUGAACUCGGCCUUCCUCGACGACCGGAACGCGUCGGCGUCGACUCUUUCGGAGACCGCCGACUCGUACUUCAGCAUCCGCCGCGGAGAUAGCCCCCCCGGCUCCCUUGACGCCGCCGUAGAGCAUCUGCCGGAGAUCGACGAGUCGGCAGUGUUCGGAGGCCUGAGGUCCGAGCGGCUGUUCUUCGAUCCCGGCGAGACGAGCUCCAUCCUCGGCGGGUCCAAAUCCGCUGCCGCCGCUCACGCGGCGCUGGUGGCGGUGGAUUCCCGAGAUCCGGUGAGCGAUUUCAGGGCGUCGAUGGCGGAGAUGGUGGAGGCGCAGGGGUUGUUUUUUAGCACGUGUAGUGUGGUAAUGGCUGAAUAUGACAGUUGA